AUGACUGGAUCCAAUUCACCGAAGAAUAUUAAAAUAAUACGCAAAGUUUUGAUUCCAAUCGAUGGUAGUGCUGAAUCAAAAAGAGCAUUAACAUGGUAUAAAGAAAAUAUGAAACGUGAUGGUGAUCUAGUGAUCUUUGUUCAUGUGGUUGAUCCAAUCUUACCGUCAGCAUUAUCUGCUUUAUCGUAUGAAUGUGAAUCAAUGCCAGCUGGUUCAUCAUUUCAUGUACCAGAAGAAAGUAUGCGUAGUGCAAAAUAUCUAUGUCAUGAAAUGGUACAUGAAGCUACAAAAUAUGGUAUUAAAUCUGAGGCGCUAAUUCAAAUUGAUACAAAACCUGGUCCAGCAUUAGUUAAAACAAUACAAGAUAGAAAAAUUGAUGCAGCAGUUAUGUCAAAACGUGGUUUAGGAUUUUGGCGAUUGAAUUUCACCACAAGUGUUACUUCAUAUGUUUUGCAUCAUUCAAAUAUUCCAGUAUCUAUUGUACCACCAGUGGAUCAUUAGAUUGACGGUGGUGUCGUCGUCGUCCGAUGUCAACAAUUCUUAUUGAAACAAUCGGAUGGUACUUUGUCAUCUGUAAAUAUUGGCCAUAAUGAAGCUUUUUUAUAUUUUAUUGCAG